GUUGGCCACCCUGGUAACCACAGACACACUCUGUCAUCUGUCAGAAAUUACGCACUUGUUCUAUGCUCACUAACCACAAAAUACCAAAAUGGCUGCCGUUGUUCGAAUUAAACGCCGUUUGGACGAAGAUCCUCUCGAAACGUUGGUUUUAAAUUGCAAAAGGCGAAAAACCAACGGCAGUGAUGAAGCACAGCAGCAGGAUUUGUCAGCAGUGCUGCGAUUGGCUGGGACGUCGCAGAAGGAGGAGAAUAUCGAGACUUUGCUGCGUAAGCAUCGGCUGCCCGACAGAAACGAGCUGAAGGAACAGUAUAAGAAGCACCCCGUGAACAUAAGUGCGAAAAAUCGAUGUGAUUCACAGGAGGCGUCGAAGAACAGUCGGUACAAGGUGGUGAACUGCUUCAGAAGACAGCUCGUCGACCAAGAGACAAGCCCAGAACUAGCGGUUGAGGGCAGUAGCAGCUCAGAAGUGACGGUUUUCGAUAUAGAGACUGAAACCAGUCGGCCCCCCGUGGAGGCAAAUGCGGAGCCAGCAGAGGCCCGUUAUGUGUACGACUUCUACUACACAAGUUCGGAUGAUUUUGGCGAAGCCGAUAUUCAAGACUCUGUUAGUAUCCAUAGACUAAAUGAUCCCGUGGAGUUCGGCGCUGCUGAAGAUUACGACCUGGUUGAUGAUGCCUCUGAUGAAGACACUGAUGAUUCGAAUGCGGAGAACAAUUGGAAGAACGAUUAUCCCGAGGACGAUGAAUUCGAUAGUAUCAAUGAGGAAGAUAUGGUUCAAGCUGCGAAUAAACUGAACGAAGACGUGCUCUCAAGCGACUCAGGCGAAGAGAACUUCGUGUACAGCCAGGACGAACUGCUCUAUGGGAAAGAGUAUGCCCGAUUUAAAGCCAAGCACCAGGACGUGAAGCCUACAGGAAUGAGCAACGAUUUUUACUACGGCGACAUUGACAAAGAUGAACAGAUUUAGUGAAGUGUUUUUCAAUUUUUAUAAGUUAGUAGUUUGUAGGAUUUUGUUGGAAUUUACCAGAAUUUGAAGGAA